UCCAACUCUGGUGUGUUAUAGGAAAAGUUAAAGGGAGAGAAAUUUAGGGGCAGAUUGAUAUACUCGGGAGGGCCAGUUACUGACAAGAGGGGUUUCAAAGGACGAAUGGCGAGAACGUGCUCUGGAUUCGGGAAAUUUUCUCUCUAAUGUUGACAUAACGGUUCGCCUCUUGCACGUAUAAAAGUCGUUUAGUAAAGUUUGGGACACUUCUAAAACGCAAUGGCAGACCCGUUGAGUUUCAUUCAUCAGUCGGAUCAGGGCUCCAGCAGCGAGCGGAGCGACGAUUCCCCGUCUGCCGUGUCAGAGGAUGACUCGAGCGGCCGCUGCGGCCACAUCUCCCCGCUUGACCCAGACUGGACCGAGGAGAGGUUUCGAGUUGACCGCAAGAAGCUAGAAACUAUGUUACUGGCAGCCAGUGAGGGGAGGAUAAAUGGAGGAGACGAUUUUUUUCAGAAGGUCAUGGAUGAAACCAACACUCAGAUCGCCUGGCCGUCUAAAUUGAAGAUUGGAGCCAAGUCCAAAAAAGAUCCACAUAUUAAGGUCAGCGGAAAGAGGGAAGAUGUGCGAGAGGCAAAGAAAAAAAUAAUGUCCGUUCUUGACACAAAGAGUAAUCGCGUGACCCUGAAGAUGGAUGUAUCCCACACGGAACAUUCACAUGUGAUCGGGAAAGGAGGGAAUAACAUCAAACGGGUGAUGGAAGAGACGGGUUGCCACAUACACUUUCCUGACUCCAACAGACACAGCCAGGGAGAGAAGAGCAACCAGGUGUCAAUAGCGGGGCAGCAAACUGGUGUAGAAGCAGCGAGAGUUAAAAUACGAGAGUUGCUGCCAUUGGUGCUGAUGUUUGAAUGUAGCGGGGUGGUACAGCAAGUGGACUGUAGCUCUCCUGUAGUUCAGCAUAUAUCCCACACUUACAACAUCUCCAUUUCCUUCAAACCACCCUCCCGUCUCUAUGGCAACACUGCCAUUGUCCGUGGCAACCAGAACAAUGCCAAUGGCGUUAAGCGAGGAACAGCUUUGCUAUUGGAGCACCUUGCUGGGUCUUUAGCUGGUUCUGUUCUGGUCAGCACACAACUGGACAUCGCACCCCAGCACCACCUCUUCCUGUUGGGUCGCAAUGGAGCAAACAUCAAACACAUUACCCAGCACACGGGAGCCCACAUACACAUCCCUGACCUCAACACAACCAUGCAUUCCCCCACAUACUCUAGCCGCUCUGCAGUCUACAUACAGGGAAGCAUCAACGAAGUAUGUGCAGCUAGACAGCAGCUCAUGGGCUGUCUGCCAUUGGUGUUGAUGUUUGAUAUUAAGGAGGAGAUGGAGGUUGCGUCUCAGGUCUACACUGCACUUAUGGAGCAGCUAGAUGUCUUCAUCAGUAUUAAACCCAAACCGAAACAACCCAGCAAGUCUGUGAUUGUGAAGAGUGUGGAAAGGAAUGCUGGUAGUAUGUAUGAGGUACGUAGGAUCCUGUUGGGGCUGGAAUCCAGCUGCAUCCCCUCCUCCAUUAGUCCUGUCGCUGUUAAUGGACAUACAUCUGCCUCCACUCCCCUGAUUUGCUCCAUUGGACUGGACACUCUAGCCUCAGCUGGACUGAGACUAAGCACUCUGUCUGGUCUUCUAAGAUCUUCAAUCAGCCCUGUUCCUAACGGUUUCCCCAACCCAACCUGUGUUAUUAAUGGACAUGGCUCUGUGUUAAACAUCCAGAACGGAGCUGUGAAUAACACACAGCACAUUAACACCCCUGCUCACUCACACACACAUUCACAUGCUUCUGGUCACACAGCGUCCUUUUGGCCCAGUGCUCUAAGUUCAACAGCUAACAUAACAGAGUUUUCCUCCGAUCUGAUGUUGCGGUCCAUGUCUCCUUCGACUCUUAGUGGCCUUCUGCUCUCUGGAGUCCAGGGUCAAACACACACACCAUCCCCUCCACCUGGACUCGCACCGAUACACAAACCAGCAAGCACCGAACAUCUCAAUGGACAUCUUGCUAGUCCUGUGUACAGUAGGGUACAGCCCGCCCACUGUGACACUGCCCAGGAAGUCAUCGGACAUGCCCAGUCCAAAUCCAUUUCCAAUAAAUCUACAGAUGAAGGCUCGGAUACGUUUGUUGAAGUGGGCAUGCCGAGAAGCCCGUCUCAUUCAGCCAAUGGGAGUGAGCUAAAGCAGAUGCUGAGCUCUUGCACGGCAUCAUCAGGGAAACGACAAACAAUGGAACUUCUGCAGAGAACCAAGAACUCGCUUCUGCAUGUGGCAUGUGUGUUGGCAGAUUCUGAAUGUGAGAAUACAGUGACUGAUAAAAGAGCACCAGGAAGUGAAAGAGCAGCAGAAAGAAGACUGGCACCACAUAUACAGGCUUUUGACUAUGAGAAAAAAAAGCUACUAGCCACUAAAGCCAUGUUAAAGAAGCCAGUUGUAACAGAGAUUCGGACCCCAACAAAUACCUGGAGUGGGUUGGGCUUCUCUAAAUCAAUGCCAGCCGAGAGCAUUAAAGAGUUGCGCAGGGCAAACCAUGUGCCAUACAAACCCAGCAUGAGCACGACAUAUGAGGACUCUCAUCUGUCUAUGUCACUCUCUGGGAGUCAAGAAAAUUUGGAUAAUGGCACAGUAUCUGAUAAUUGGGGUGAUCGGAACGGGAACAGACUCUCAGGAAACUCUGAAUUUUCCCCUGCUGUCAGCAGCCCAAAGAAAAUCAAGAACAAAUCUAUAGGUGAACAGUAUCUCAGCAGCAGUAAUUAUACGGACAGUAUCUCGAUGUCGGGUGGUAAUGGCUGCUCUCUCAGCUCAUCUCUUAAAGGAACAGAACUCCCUGAGCUUUUCAGCAAACUCGGUCUUGGCAAGUACACAGACAUCUUCCAGCAGCAGGAGAUUGAUUUGCAGACAUUUGUCACCCUGACGGAUCCAGAUCUGAAGGAACUCGGAAUCACAACGUUUGGUGCUCGCAGGAAAAUGUUACUUGCGAUUUCAGAGCUGAACAAGAGCAGGAGAAAGCUCUUUAACGCACCCAACAUCCGCUCCUCCAUUUUAGAAGGCGGGGCCAGUGGUCGCCUCUCGCGCCAGUUCCACGUAAACAUGGCGAGUGUCAGCGGUCGCUGGUGAUCUCAUAUAUUUACAUACUUACAAGUAUCCAUCCACUCCAUGGUCCUGCCCUAGAGUUGAACCAGACAUCCCUUAUCUAAACUGGACUGUAGCUCUUCUUCUUACUGGAUUCUAGUUGAUGUAGACAGCCUUAAUGAGAUGUGACGACUGUGCCUUUAAAUAUACAGAAAGGAAAUUGUUCAAUGUUUUUAAGAGAAUGUGCCAAUAAUUUUGUCUCGCAUUUACUCUGGGUUAACAGGCAAAUGCACAGUGUUAAAUAACUAACCAUACUGUCGGUAAGCACGCUUCGGUAUUGGUGUCUAGCACUUUAAUCUGUAAACUCUGCUGUUUUUGUCUGUUGGUUGAAUGCAAGUUAUGUUUUUUUUUUUUACUUCAGUCUUUCCAGUGCCAAAGCCAAACACAUGCACUUAUUUAGCAGGAAUUUCCAGGUCACACACAAAGAUCAGCUGCUUGGUAAUCACAACCAGCUGACGCUUAUGUUUAGAUUGACUGUUAUAUUCAUGUUCAGUGUUUAAUUACAAUUGGCCAUUGCAGUAUUGUUGUAUUUUACAGUUUUAUUUUAUAGUUGCAUUAUGUCUUUACAUUUUUAUGUUAAUCUUUUUAAGAGGCAUUAUUGGUUUACAUUUAUUUUUUCCAUUUGUUACAGCUUUUUAGUUGGCAUCUUUUGUUGUUUGUUUAGUUUGAUUUCUUCUUCAAUAGAACUUCUCGCAGUCAUCUCAAACAGAUGUCAGUCCGAAUGGAUCCACUCCAUUUCUAUGUGGUAAAAUGAAGUCUGUUUGUUUUCAACUGAACAAUGUGAAGAAUAGCAGUACGCCUGGAGUGAUGUUGAAAAAAUUCAGUAUCAGUUCUUAUUUUGUUUUAGGAAUAUUUGUUUCAUCACUUUAUUUACAUUUGACCUGUAGCACAAACAUCAAAUAUUAUUUGCAUUAGCUGCUAUACCUUAAAAUGUAAUUAGGUCUAAAUUGUAAGCAUUUUGAUAGAGUUUGGUGUGUGUGUGUGUGUGUGUGUGUGUGUGUGUGUGUGUGUGUGUGUGUGUGUGUGUGUGUGUGUGUGUGUGUGUGUGUGUGUGUGUGUGUGUGUGUGUGUGUCCCCGUCCAUCUGUCCGUCCGUCACUCUAAGCACAAUGUCAUAUGAAACUAAAGGGCUACUGUCAUUAAACCUAUGAUUUUCAAUGUCUUUGGUUUUCAGUGUCCUUGACCAGAAUGUUUUUAUUUUUCAUCUGUUUAUACUUAAUAUUCUUUCAUUAGUUACUUCAUUAGAAUUUUUUCUGACCAGAUUGUGUAUGUCAUCUUUGAAAGUAUUCAGAGUAAACAAGGUUAUGUGGCCUUUGGUAUCAGAUUUGUAGUGCAUUCACAGUGCAGGUUACAAUGAAGAAUGUAAACCAUAUAGAAAAAGCUUUUGCCACAUAUCUAUUGUUAAAUACUAACAUUUAUCAGAAGAAACCAUGCUUAUCUCUUUUAUAUGCCUUUGAGUUUGUUUUUGUUUAAUGGAAGAAAAAAAUAUUACACAAAGUUUGCAGUAUUCAUGUAUCUUUGCUCAGUGAUAUUAGUAACGUUUGUUGCACAUUAAGUCCAAAGUAAAACACUUGUAUCGUUCAUGUGCAAAAUAUGGACUCGUAGAGAUUAUAUUCCUCCCAAUAGUGGAACCAAUAUAUAUGGUUACAUUUCUUACAGAGCAGGGAAUCCUGUGAGGGUUUGUGAUCGAGAUUCAUUUUCUUUCUUUCUUUACAUUUGACAAAUCAUGUCUGUUCACUUAGUUUUUUCACACUUUUCACCUGAAAUAACUUCACUCUUGCAACAGUCAUUUUCCCCCAUAUUUUUCUAAGGGAACAACUGUGUUGUUCUGUUUAUUGGUUGUGCUAACUUCUUCUUGAAGUAGAGCAUUAUGGGAGCAGAACGUUUGUUUUGUUUUUUUCUGGUUGUGAAUAUAAUUGCAUUUGAAUCUUUGACAAAGGGACCAAUGUUCAUGUUUUUGCCUUUUAAAAAAUGUUCUGUAAGUCCAAAUCAGUGUCCCUAAUAUGGACAAAAGCCAUUUGCUGCCUGUGAUUUGUGUUGCCAGAGUAUUACUAUCUGAAAGUAACAGAAAAUAAGGGAAUAAAAACAAAAGUAAAAAAGCAAAAAUAUUUGAAAUGUUCACCACACAUUUGUGGUAUUGUUCCAGAAAAUAAAAAUGUAU